CCGUGGUACUCCCCGUGUCAUAGCGCUAGACGCACUCUUCUUGAACACAACCGCUCUACUCUCCUCUUACCUAGUAGUUGAUACCUUACUGAUAUAGCACUAGCAGUAGGACCCAAAGCACUAGCAGGAGCCACAGUACUAGGAGAACCCACAUAAGCAACAGGAGACAGAAAACACUGCCAGACGUGCGAUGGGCACACAGAUAUGGCGAGAGGUCCUCCUGGUGGCUGCGGUGGUGGUGGGCGGGUGCCGAGGCCAUGCGCGACUGAUGGAGCCUCCGUCGAGGGCCUCUGCAUGGCGUCUAGGUUGGCCAACUCCCAUAGACUACAACGACAACCAGGGCUUCUGUGGCGGCUUUCAUGACCAGCACGAAGUCAACGGCGGGAAGUGCGGCAUCUGCGGCGACGCCUGGGAAGAGAACCCGCGGCCACACGAGGCUCCUGGGGGAGUAUAUGCCACCGGCACCAUCGUCAGGAACUACGUGCAGGCGCAGGUCAUCACGCUCACCGUCGACGUUACCGCCAACCAUCGUGGCCACUUCGAGGUCAGGAUCUGCCCGGACCCGGAGGUCGAGGCCACGCAGAACUGUCUCGACCAGUACCCACUGUUACUGGCUGACGGCACGGGCUUCAAGUACAAUAUCUCCCUCGAGAUUGGAGAGCAGUCCAUUCAGCUCCGCCUUCCGUCAUCUCUUACCUGCACCCACUGCGUCCUCCAGUGGAGGUACGUGGCUGGUAAUAACUGGGGCAUCUGUGACGAUGGGACCGGCGCCCUGGGUUGUGGACCUCAGGAGGAGUUCCGCGCAUGCGCCGACGUCGCCAUCUUGCCCAGCAACCCCAGGUUUAGUAUGUCUUUUCGUGGAAAGCAUGAGCCCACCAAGUCCCGGAUUCAGCCCAACGAGGCGGCUCAUAAUCUCUCUAGCCUCAGGAAGGGGAAGCCUCCACCCUCGGAAGCACUGCCAGCAGUAGCAGCACCGCCAGCAGUAGCAGCACCGCCAGCAGUAGCAGCACCACCAGCAGUAGCAACACCUCCAGCAGCAGGAGCACCACCAGCAGUAGCACCAACAAUCCCAUAAUAGUGGGCGUGUGUUGUAUUUCACCAGGCUUGCGUGUGUGGCGUGAGACACAGCUCUCAACCGCCUGUACCAGUAGCCUGGUACAGGCGAGAUGUUACCAAUACAAGUCGCCCCAUCGUCAAUGCAGACACCAGUCACCUCUUGCUGGUUUGGUAUGGUGUUUCGUUUAGUAAUCACGAGAUGGUUAUUAAGGCUAAGAGAAAAUUUAUCCACCAACUAGCAAAAUUGCGCACGUUAAUCCUGAAAGUAAUUUAGGAUUAAGGUAUAAUCUGUAUAUAUAUAUUACAUAUGGUUUAGUUUAUUUAUUGAGCACCCCAUACCCAUCCUUUGGAAGGUAUUGGAAAGGGUUACAGAGGCACAUAAUGGGCUCAGGGACAACCCCACAAUUCAUUUA